CACACGCGCACGCACACACUGGCCGCGGCUUCUUCCGUUUGAUUUGGGCAGGCGCGAGCCGCUGUGUGGUUUUUCGUAGCGGCUGCUGUUUGCGCGUUCGUUCGUUUAUUGCGUUCGGGCUUCGUUACGUUACAGGCCCGAGCUGUUAGCGCUCAGCUAACUUCAGUAUGAACAAGUCAACGCGACCGUUCCACUCUUCAUUCGUUUGCUUCUCAACAUCUUGAUCGUGUCGAUCUUCAUCAUCAUCGCCGCGUGUGACUGACGGCUCGUGGAACUGUCACCGUGGGCUGAUCGCUCGUGCUCAUUGUUUGCUCGCUGAUGUUGUCUAGUUAGCUUUUGAGGCUAAUGUGGCUAGUGUUUUGACAGCUUUGAUUCUCUUCAUGUGCGUGACCGAGAUUUACAGAAUCAAAGCUGCACGAGUCAUGACAGUGAACGCACACAGACACACAACACUUGACAAGAGUUACAGGAGUUUGUGUUGUGUUUACUGUUCACCUGCAGUCUCAUACACAUCAGCUGUUAAUCUUCACCAAUGGUUGUGCAAGUUGAAGAGAAACUCAAACAUCUAAGACUGCAGAAGCAGCUGAGACAUCAGGGCUCUUCUCACCUGGAAACCACUCGCUAGUCAGUUCAGAGGGCUGUGGUUUGCAGAUGGACUCCCCUGUCAUAAUGAUAUGAGAUUUGUCAGAAGACGAUGCAUACAGGAGGAGAGACCUCAGCAUGCAAACCCUCCUCUGUCCGGCUGGCUCCCUCGUUUUCUUUCCAUUCGGCCGGUGUGCAGAUGGAUGCGCAGACGCCCCAUUCUCACCCGCCGGUCAGCGAUGGUCACCCGCAGAGCGCCGACCAAUCAGGCGCUGCGCUGCCGUACACCUCGCAGGCCCCCCAAGUCAAUGCCGCCCAGGUAACCGCUGAUAUGGUGAUGUUACAGAGGCGGAUGCCUCAGUGUUUCAGAGAUCCGGCGACUGCACCCUUACGGAAACUCUCCAUUGAACUGAUCAAAACCUACAAACACAUCAAUGAGGUUUACUAUGCAAAAAAGAAGCGUCGUCACCAACAGGGUCAAGGGGAGGACUCGAGUAACAAGAAAGAGAGGAAAAUAUACAACGACGGUUACGAUGAUGACAACUUUGACUACAUAGUUAAAAAUGGCGAGAAAUGGAUGGACAGAUAUGAGAUUGACUCUCUGAUAGGCAAAGGUUCAUUCGGUCAGGUGGUGAAAGCGUAUGACCGUGUGGAACAGGAGUGGGUCGCCAUCAAGAUCAUCAAGAAUAAAAAAGCUUUUCUGAAUCAGGCUCAGAUCGAAGUCCGACUGCUGGAGCUCAUGAACAAACACGACACUGAGAUGAAGUACUACAUCGUUCAUCUGAAACGCCAUUUCAUGUUCCGGAAUCACUUGUGUCUGGUCUUCGAGAUGUUGUCCUAUAACCUGUACGAUCUGCUGAGAAACACAAAUUUCCGCGGUGUGUCUCUGAACCUGACGCGCAAGUUUGCUCAGCAGCUUUGCACCGCGCUGCUGUUUUUGGCCACUCCUGAGCUGAGCAUCAUCCACUGUGACCUCAAACCCGAGAACAUCCUGCUCUGUAACCCCAAGAGAUCUGCCAUCAAGAUCGUGGACUUCGGCAGUUCCUGUCAGCUCGGACAGCGGAUAUACCAGUACAUCCAGAGUCGCUUCUACCGCUCACCGGAGGUGCUGCUGGGAAUGCCGUAUGACCUGGCCAUAGACAUGUGGUCUCUGGGAUGUAUUCUGGUGGAGAUGCACACUGGAGAACCUCUGUUCAGUGGAGCCAAUGAGAUCGACCAAAUGAACAAAAUUGUGGAGGUUUUAGGCGUCCCUCCCAAUCAUAUUCUGGAACAGGCACCUAAAGCCAGAAAGUUCUUUGAGAAGAUGUCUGAUAGCACGUGGUGUGCAAAGAAGACCAAAGAUGGCAAAAGGUAUAAGCCCGCAGGCUCUCGAAAGCUGCACAACAUUCUGGGUGUUGAAGCUGGUGGACCGGGCGGGCGGAGAGCUGGCGAGUCGGGUCACGCCGUCGCCGACUACCUUAAGUUCAAAGACCUAAUCUUGCGGAUGCUGGACUACGACCCCAAGACUCGCAUCCAACCGUAUUACGCGCUGCAGCACAGUUUCUUCAAGAAAACUGCGGACGAGGGUACGAACACUAGCAGCAGUGUGUCCACGAGUCCAGCGCUGGAACAGUCGCAGUCUUCUGGCACCACAUCCAGCACCUCCUCCAGUUCAGGAGGUUCUUCUGGAACGAGCACGAGCGGCCGAGCACGCUCUGACCCGACCCAUCAGCACCGGCACAGCACAGGAGGCCAUUUCAGUGCUGCGGUGGGCAUAGACUGUCACAACCUCUGCCCGCAGGCGAGACAAGCGUUCGUGCCGGCCCUGGGGUGGGUCGGAGGAGACGGGCUUCCGCAGGCUGCAGGAGAGACGCAUCCCGUCCAGGAGACCACCUUCCACGUGCCACCCCACCAGCCCAAGGCUCUGCACCCCCACUCGUCCCAUCAUCACCACCACCAUCAGCACCCGCAGGGCCCCGCCCGUCCCCGUCCCCGACUCUACUCUCCAUCCCACAGCGCCUCCACGCAGGACUCAAUGGAGGUGACACACGGCCACCUGUCCAUGACCUCGCUGUCUUCCUCUGCCUCGUCUUCAUCCACUUCAUCCUCGUCCACAGGGAACCACCACCACGCCUACCAGAGCCGCCCGCUGCCACAUGGGCUGGGCUUCGGGCACAACGGCAGCAUGACUUUGGGAUUGGGUGCCUUCUCCAACCCACGGCAGGAGACGGGCGUGCCAGGUCAGCCUGCGUAUCCCGUGAGCACGAACUCCGGGCCGGGACAUUACAUAACCGAGACUCAUGUGGGCCUGAGACCGGGCCUGGACCGCGAGGAGUCGCCCAUGGCGGGCGUGUGCGUGCAGCAGAGCUCGGUGGCGAGCUCCUGACUAGCCUGAGUGCGCUUGCCUUGACACGGAAGCUGCUGAAACAAGACCAGAGCCGAUCUCAGAUUGACCACCGGGAGCCACAUCAUCACCGUCUGCGAACGUUUGACAAGAGGCUUUCUCUGACGUUUGCUUUGGUUUUCUUCUGUUCAUUGGAUCUCAGUUUUAGAUGCUCACCUUCACACUGGCUUUCUCUGGAAGAUUUGAGUGUCCGAAGGUGAUGGACACAGAAUUUCUCCUGAACGCCCAUCUCGAGUUCCUCUUGUUCAUCUGUUUUUCAUGUUGUGCAAUUGUGUGCUUUGAGCAGAGCGUUCCCAGAGUGCAAUGAGACCCUGUGAGUAUGUUCCAGGGCGUGUGUGUGUCUCUCUGUGUGUGUGUGUGUGUGUGUGUGUGUGUGUGUGUGCGUGUGUGUGUGCGCGCGACUGUGGCAGUGCUUCUUUAAUAUGGCCUUAUCAUUACAGACUGAAUAAAGAUGAGCUGGACGUUAAAGUGAGAAAAGCUUUCAUGUAUUUUGAAGUCAUUCAUCAGAAAGAGAAUGGUGAUUUUGAGGCCUUUCUUAAAUAGAAAUCCACCGCUGGGCAUCUCUCGUCCACGUCCCUCCCACUCUUAAUUUGUGCUUUAUCUUAUUGCUUCAGCAGCACGUCUGUGUGUGUGUGUGUGUGUGUGUGUGCGUGUGUGUGUGCACGCGGGUUUUAAUUUCUAGCCUUUGUGAUGCUCCUUUACUUCUCUUUGCUUUUUUGGUUUCCACUUCACGACUAUGCUGUGAAUUUUACACAAGUUUUUUUUUUCUCGUUUGAUAAUUUAUUGUACCAAAGGCGUUUGUUAUUUGUUUUUUUAUAGAUCAUAGAUGUCUGUAACCAAUAAUGUAGCAGUUCUGCACUUUGAAGCAAACGUGUGUCGUGUCAUGGCAGUAAAUGACCGUCAGAACUGGAAGUGUUGUUCAAUGUUCCUGGACACCAUCGCUUACGAAAUUCUGUCGCAUAGUUUUUUUAUUUUUCUCUCUCUUUUCAUUUCCCAUCGGUGGCUUUCUGUAGUUUUUGCUCUGGUGGGACGGUGGACACCGCGAGCUGCUCGGCUGGUCCCAGAGCAGCUGGACGGUCAGAGAUCACACACAGGCCAGACACAGGUGCAUGAUCGUUGCCGACCAGCGGCGACUCUCACAACGAAAGCAAUCCAGCCCCGCUGAGACCGAGGCGCUUUCUGUCUGUCUGUGCGAUUGCGAGGGUUCCUAACGGACGCACGGUUCUUUCUAGGGUUCCUGUGGCCGUGGCAUAUGAAGGGAGUCCAUGAAACAGGCUUCAGGUGUUUACUUUGUGACCCCAUUUUAAUAGCUGAAAUAGAAUUUAUGUACAUAUUUAUAUUUUUUUAAUAAAGGAAGUUUAGAACUCACUACUUUUUUCCUUAUGGUAUUUUGAGUACAUUUAAGUCAACCUGCAGUGGAAGUUCUACACGCUAGUCAAUGGAUAUCAGUGCUUCCAUGCCAAAGUAGUUGAUGACGCUAGUACAAGUGCUGUAGGGUGGAGACAAGACGGGACGGGACGGGAGGAGAGUAGCUCUUCAUACUUCAAUAUUGUAGACAGGGUAUCGCUUGUGGACGUUUCUACGAUCGCAAGGACAUCAGACGGACGGCGCGUCACAUGUUCGUAUCUGUUGUUUGGUUUCAGCUCUCUUCAUUUGGCACAAGCUUCAGUACGUGAGUCCGUUUGAAAGUGGUGCUGUGGUGGACGGUGACCAACAUCUCCAAAGCUCCUGCUACCAUUUCAGGCCACAACACUUUAUUUUACUCUGGUUUCAUCUCUCUCUCUUUCUCUCUCCCGGGUCCCACUUUCCCCACGGCUUCCCCGUCCGGUUUACAUUCCCACUCCUCGUUUGGUUCCAGGACAUGUGAUGAUGAUGAUGAUGAUGAUGAUGUAAGCAGAACGACUGAUGGAUAUUUGGGAUCUUUAUCCACAGGUUGUAAGAUCAGGACUUUGUGUAAAUUAAAAAGUGUCACUGAAGGGCAGUAAUGGACUAACCCUUUGUACUAUAUUCAAGCGGUCUUAUGUAUGAUUAUAAAAAAACAAAGUUACUUAA